AUGGGAGACGAGGGGCGGGGAUAUUUUACUGCAGUACUUCUCGAUACACUUCGAAAAAGCCGGGUAGAUAAUAUCACUUACGAGAACUUGCUGAAAGCAUUGCCGUUAAUAUCUUCGCAGUCUCCUCAUUGCUAUGGCCGAAACAAGAGUCGUAUUCUAUUCGACUCCCGCCUUGAUGUACAAACUAGGGUCUUCAUACCAGUCGUCUGUGACCUCGAGGAUGAUUCUUGGAUCCUACAGUUGCAGGCUGGUGAUGAAUCAGGCGUAACCGAGGAUUCGGUGUGGGAUCUACAUGAAACGGCAACAGAGGACUCUGUUCCACGCGCAAGAGUUGUUGCGGACUUUCCGGAUAUCGGGACUACGCUUUUGAGUCUCGGUAACAGGCAAGAUGAAAUGUGGCUAGAUAAACUGGCGAGAGGGGCACCGAGACAUACCAAAAUACGGGUAUAUGCGCGGCACCUACAUGCUGGACAGGAUACUGUGCUGCGAGUAUGGUGCCCCGUCCAGAGCCUUCGCGACCUGCUUCGCCCACAUAAUGCAGCAUCAAAUACGAUUAAUGAGCUAGAUUUCUACUCAAGAACGGCCAAACCGGAGGUCGUCUUUCGUUUGCGCAACCCAAUUGCGGAGACGUAUGGCAUUUCGGAGCUCAAAUAUCGCAAGCCUGCGUCCAGAGAGGAGAUAGAAACAGUGCUGUUUGCCGCCGCAAAAUGGAGAUGGCACCUCGAACGAACAAACCGGUAUCCUCAGAACCGGUCACCUCAAAUCGACCCCAUGACGAUGAUGAGGAUAGCCACGAGAGUGAGGGGGAAGCGAGAGUACCUCGAUAAGCCCGUAACUAUGCCAGCCCAGAGGGGGAUGAUCGAGUUUGUAGCAAGGGGAAAUGAUUUGUAUGGCGUUGAGUUGAUCAGUCGCUCAAAGUUACCACUAUACAUUAGAAUGUUUUAUUUCGACGCGACAGACUUCUCGAUUGGUGACAUGUUUGGACAAACUGUUGCUAAUGGUGCUGAGGAUGCAACAAUCCCUGUAGGUGGAAAGAUAGUGAUCGGGGAUGGUCGAGAUGGGGGUUCCCCGCUGAAGUUUGGUGUUUCGCCCGAAAGUAGGGCUGAACUUGGCUAUCUGAAGGUUUUUUGGUCCACUAUUCCGCUUGAAGUCAGCGAUAUGGCUCAGAAGUCGCCUUCAAAAUGCGCCCUGGGUCUAUAG